AAGAUUCUACAUUAAGUAACGUCAUGUCGGGCAGCAUCCCGAGUAAAAAAUCCCUAUAAAUAAGGGACAAAUGGCAGCACAAUUAGGCUUGAAGGCGCAACACCAAAAUCCUAAGCUCCUUCAAGCCCAAAACAUUUUUCUUCAACAGAGUUCACUCAACUCACAUUACACAGUUCAAUCCUCCGAUUCUAAACUAUACCUUACUCGAACCUCACCUAAACCGUAACCCGAACCUAUCAUGUUCGGACUCUCCCAACCCGCUCCGGAUUCUCCCAAAUCCACCAUCAAAUUCCUCUGUAGCUACGGAGGCAAAAUCCUCCCUCGUUAUCCCGACGGCAAACUCCGCUACCUCGGCGGCCAUACACGUGUCGUCUCCGUCGAUCGCUCUGUUCAUUUUUCCGAACUGCUUCCGAAGCUGGAAGAACUCUGUGGUUCAUCCGUGACGCACCUCCGCUGCCAGUUACCCGCCGAAGAUCUAGACGCUUUGGUUUCCAUAACUUCCGACGAGGAUCUCGUCAACCUAAUCGAAGAAUACGAUCGUACCGCAUCGCCGCAAGUGCCGUUGAAGAUCAAAGCGUUCAUUUCACCGCCGAGAUCUUCGAACAAGGUUUCCAAACCUCCGUUACCAACUAUUUCAAAAACAGCAUCUGUCUCUUCUUCAUCCUCCGUUUCGUCAACAUCUUCUUCAUCGUCUUAUUGUAGCAUUACCGGUGGAGGUUCUGUUCCGAAGUAUACCACGGCGCCACCGGUAGUUAACCGAUGCGUUCAUCAUUUGUCGCAACAGACUGUGAAUCACGUGAACAUGGAGAGAUCUUCCGGGAGGAAUACUCACCUGCAGCGCAACUGCAACCACUGGCAAUAAUGUUAAGAUUGAGAUUAAGAAACUGAAUGUUGAGAAAAGAAAAAGUUUAAAACAAAAUUUGACGGUAAUUAAUAUACAUAAGAUUAAGAUUAAAUCAAAAGAUGAAAUGGAGAAGGUGAAAAAUGUGAAGGAUAUAUUUGUGAUGUAAAAUAGUUGAGAAGGAUUGAGGUAUUAGUAUGUGAUCUUGCUUGUACAUUAAUGAAUUUCUCUCCAAUUUCGCAUUUGGUUCCUUUUUUGUA